AUGGGCAAUAGGAGUAAAUUCGUAAAGGCCACCGGAGAUGCAAUCAUUGAUCUCAAAGCCGUUCGUGAAGUGUUGCGACAUCGAAAGGAACUUCGACAUCGUUAUUUUGAAUUUGCAAAUCUAGAGGAAUGGAUUCACACUAAUCCAUCGGAUGGAAAGGAAUACACCACUCUUGAGGAUUUGGGUUGCUUUUACGAUGAUUGGAAGAUUCGUUAUUUGGACAAGGAAUGGAUUCAAGUGUUGAAUGAUUUGUAUGAUUGUAUGAUUAUUCGAGGCAUUCCGAAUUCCAACCUUCCGAAAGUUGCUUCACAAGGACGGCAACACUCUCCACCAGAAUAUCGUUCAGGAACACUCGAAUCCUUGAUUCUGGAAUAUCAAAAGAACAUUCAUUCAGAGGAGAAGAUAACUUUGAAUGAGUUUAAAACUCUCGUCAAACCUUUAUUGUUGGUACAUCCUGAUCCUGUAUUGAAAAUCAAAGGUGGUAUUGGAUUUCAGGAUGUUUCGAUCAAGACUUUGGAAAGGAAUGACUCUGAUGAUGAUAGUUGUGAAGAAGAGGUUCAACAUGUUGUUGAGGAAUCAUCUUCAAAAUCUUUGAAAAAAAGCAUCCAAGCCCAAUUUGGAUCCUGUAAGGAUUUACUUUGUUGA